AAGCACAGCGAGAAGAAGACCGUCACUAACCACAACAAGACAAGCCAGCCUGUCUCUCAUCACUGAGGACAACUGUCUCCGCUUCCUCUAACGUUACAUUCACGCUGCGGCGACUGACAGCUCCUGAAUAUCAGCUACAGGCCUGAUAUUCAGACUCUGUGUGUUUCUUUUUUGGGAUAUUCUUUGAGCCUCCUCCUCUGUCUGUUGACGUCUGAUUUUCAGUCACGUUCGUCCAACUUGUGCCGUGUGCUGACACAGCGAACCUGGGAUGAGCUGAGGCCGCAGGAAGGAGCACAGCAUCGCACUCUUUGGUAGGUGAUGAGAGUUGAGGAGCUUUAGCUGCAAUUCAGAGCGAUCAUGGAGGACGACUGCAGGCCUCUGCUGAGCUCAGAGCAGCCGGGAGAAAGCUACUCACACAGAGGAUCCACAGACUCACUGGACUUCAAGACUAAAAGGCCUUUCUACGUAGAGCCCAGGAACAUUGUAGCUGAUGACCCGCAGGAGAGAGUCUCUGCUGAGGCUGCCAUACUCAACAGCAGAGUCCAUUACUACAGCAGACUGACAGGCUCGUCUGACAGACUGCUAAGUCCUCCAAACCACGUGAUCCCCCGGCCAGAGGAGAUCUACAUCUACAGCCCACUUGGUACAGCUUUUAAGGUGACAGGCUCCGACUCCUCGUCUAAAAAUCCCAGUAUCAUCACCAUAUUUGCUAUAUGGAACACAAUGAUGGGCACAUCUAUACUCAGCAUACCCUGGGGCAUAAAGCAGGCUGGUUUCACUCUGGGGAUCCUCAUCCUCAUCUUCACGGGUCUUCUGAUGCUCUACUGUUGUUACAUCGUCCUCAAAUCACCAAAGGCAAUACCCUAUGUGGACACAUCCGACUGGGAAUUUCCUGAUGUUUGUAGGUACUACUUUGGCAAGUUUGGCCAGUGGUCCAGCUUGCUCUUCUCAAUGGUGUCACUUAUUGGAGCCAUGGUGGUUUACUGGGUCCUCAUGUCCAAUUUCCUCUACAACACAGGACAGUUUAUCUACAACUAUGCUCACAAUGUCAACAUGUCAGAUUCAGAGUUUGGAACCAACGGCUCUGAUAAAGUUAUCUGUCCAUACCCAAACACUGACCCUGGAGGGAACUACACCAUCAGUACACUUUACUUCGGUAACAAUGGAAAUGAUACGUCAGAUGGCAGCUCUUUUGAACACUGGUGGAGCAAAACCAAAACCAUCCCCUUCUACCUGGUCAUCCUGCUAUUGCCGCUGCUCUGCUUCCGCUCAGCCUCCUUCUUCGCAAGGUUCACCUUCCUGGGCACCAUAUCAGUGGUCUACCUGAUCGCACUGGUCACUGUUAAAGCUGUCCGCCUCGGCUUCCACCUGGAGUUCCACUGGUUUGACACAACCCAGUUCUAUGUUCCAGAGCUCAGGCUGCUCUUCCCUCAGCUGACUGGUGUCCUCACUCUGGCCUUCUUCAUUCACAACUGCAUCAUCACUUUAAUGAAGAGCAAUAGGCACCAAGAGAACAAUGUGCGGGACCUGUCUGUGGCUUAUCUUCUAGUAGGACUGACCUAUCUGUAUGUGGGAGUGUUGAUCUUCGCUGCCUUCCCCUCACCACCUCUCUUCAAAGACUGCAUUGAACCAAACUUCUUGGAUAACUUCCCCAGCAGUGAUGUGAUGGUGUUUGUGGCUCGGACCUUCCUGCUGUUCCAGAUGAUCACAGUCUACCCCCUGUUGGGAUACUUGGUGCGGGUCCAGGUGAUGGGCCAAAUAUUUAGCAAUCAUUACCCCAGUUUCUUCCAUGUCCUGGUACUAAACGUCUUAAUUGUUGGAGCUGGUGUCUUGAUGGCCAUGUUUUAUCCAAAUAUUGGUUCCAUCAUAAGGUUUUCUGGAGCGACAUGUGGCUUGGCUUUAGUUUUUGUCUUUCCGGCCUUAGUCCACAUGAUCUCCCUACGAAGGCUUGGGAUGCUCCGCUGGCCGUCAGCCCUCUUCCACAGUUUCCUGAUCCUGCUGGGUGUGGCCAACCUGCUGGCUCAGUUCUUCAUGUAGCGAAGCAGCCGGGCACAGACACUCUUAAUCAUUCAGAAGCGACUCCAUAACAUCUUUUAAUCUAAAUGAUGUGAUGGAGAUUUCAGGUGGGGAUCUGUGAUCAUCCAACUUAAUGUAAGAAUACCCAGAUAAACCAAAGCAGCCUCCAGUCAGAUUGUUUGUGUCUGUGGUAUGAGUGAUUAAGGUAGAGGGAUUGUUGUGAUUUGUGAGGUUUAUGUUUGAGGGUAGUAACAGGAAUCUGUUGUCUUGGUUUGAUAACAUUGUCUUUUUAUUUUUGUUACGCAAUCCAGCCAAUGGUAUUUUUAUGAUAAUCCCUAUAGACAAUUCUCUACAUGAUACUGUUGAUUAUUCCUGCCUAUACUGAUCCCAGACCUGCCCAGCCAAGUACUGUAGACACACUGUAAACUGUAUUGAAACUGUUCUGAUCGUGGAUAACAUCAACAACAAGGAACAUCUGGAAUGUGAGCUCACUAUUGAGCGCUAUAACACAACCAGGGGAGUGUCUUCUCAAGCUAUUGUCUGAAAGGUCUGUUUUUAUGUAGAUUUUAACUGCAUCUCAGUCAAAUAUUAACUUUGAAGCAGCUACUUAUCAACAAACUCUGCAGCUCCGCUCAGCUUUAUGGAGCUUUAUAGUGAGUUUAAGCUCAGUGUCUAACUGUCCAGCUCUCGGCUUCACUCUUUUAGUUGACUCUAGUGUUGUUUUCGGCCACAGUGUGCUGCUGCUGUUUUCAGACAAAAUUGGGUGAUAAUGCUGCUCCGUUACUGCUAAAUGUGUAAAUAAGCAAGUUUGCUGACAAGUACAACAUGACAACUUAAAAGAUGACGUUGUCAAUGUAAGGCAACAUGUUUCUGCUGCCACCAAGUGGACAGAAAAAAUAAGUUUAUUACAGGUCUGCAACUCUUACAGGAGAGGCUUUCCAGCUGGAUUUUCUGAUCCAACAGGGUUGUGUCUUGCCCUCUCCAGGCAAUCAUACUACUAACUUUGUGAUUAUAUUAACUGUAUGUAUCGAGGACAGCCAUGUGGUGUGUAUAUUUUUUGAAGAAACUUUUGGCACAAUCUUAAUUUUUAUGAGUAGCGUUGAUCUACAUGGUUGACAUGUUUACAUGAUGCCUAUUUUCUAGAUGCUGUGCCUAAUGUGUUGUACUUUACUAAUGAUAGGAUAGACAAAGGGAAUAUGUGCGUGAAAAUAAACCAUCUGAGUCUACAAGAACUGUAGUUUCCUGUUUGCUUUUAAUCUGGUUUAUUAUGCUUUGUUUUUGGUUGAGUACUCUUGUCCAUUAGUCCCAUCAUUAAUAACAUUGCACUGACCA